GCAAACAAAAAUAUGCAAUACAUUCACGCAUUGGAUUCUACGUAUUAUUAGACGAUUAGCAGAUUUUUAGUGUCUCAGGAUGCAUUUCACUUGGCUCUAAAGAAUUUUAUCAUCAACUUCAAGAUGCACGUUCGUUUAGUAGCAAAGAAAGGGAGUCUAACAGAUGUGAAUCUUAUUAUCAUCGGCUUGGAUAUACAUUAUUGUGGAAGGCCUCAUUUAAUCGUUUCAAUGUGGCUGUACUGGUGCCUUAGGUCCAUUUGAUUUGGGUACGUUUUUCUCUUUCGCUGAGCAUCAUCUCUGCUGGAAAGGGAAAAAAUGGGCCGAGGAAGGAUCGAAGUGAAAAAGAUUGAUGACAGAAAGAAUUAGGAUAAUCACGUUUUGCAAAAGGCGAGACGGCCUGAUGAAGAAGGCACGGGAGCUUUCCGUGUUGUUCGGCGCCCAAGUGGGCCUCAUUAUCUUUUCUCAUACUGCCAAGCUCUCUCAUUUCUCCAGCCCCAGGGACCUUGAUGAAAUUAUUCAAAUGUAUUAUGAAUCUAUUGAAGGUUGUAAUAAAUCACCACAUGAGUCACAACACAAAUCAGAAGAGGUCGUAGGAUUGAUGCAAAAAAUACAGUCCAAGGAGAAAAUAGUUAGGGCUUUAAUGGGGCAGGAACUGUCUUCUCUGUCUUUCACUGACUUGGAACAAUUGGAGUACCAGGUUCAACUAGGAGUGAAUAGAAUAAGAGUGAGAAAGAUGCUGUGGCAGAACCAACUUGUGGAGGAGCUCCAAAGGAAGGAGGAUGAGUUACAAAGAGAUAAUGAUGCACUGCACAAAAUGAUGCAGCUCUCUGAAGAAGGAAAAUAUGUAGAGAGAAUUGUCAACAAUAAUGGUGGGAUUCCAUCAACUGUAAUAGCUACCAGCCCUUGGCAGCAAAACUUUCUGCAACCAUGGCAGGGAAAUAAAUCACUGGCACGUCUACCUGAGCAGGAGCAUCGGCGCUCCAUAAUGCAAGGGUGGCAGUGAUCAAAGUAUUUCUAUACCAUAACAAUUGAUGCCAAAUUGCAGUAGUUUUAGAUGGUUUUGAUGUUAUGGUGGGAGCCAAAAUGGUCAUGGAUACGUUGUUAAAUAAAUUCCAAAUAAUUUGAUGGGUAUGUAAGAACUGUUAGUGCCUGUCCUAUUAUUUGAACUAAAAUGUUUAAGACGUUUUUUUCAUUAAAUUAAAUUUUUAUUUUUAUUUUUUCAAAAUAAAUUAAAGAUAGAUUUUAAGAGA